AAUAAAGCUGUAUUCAGAGAAGCUCCGCCAUUUUGACUUCCUGCCUCUGAAGAAGACGAGCCAUAAGCCUAGCAUUUAUUAAAGAAAGGUGUUUUAUCCAGCAUUAGAUAGGUGUUUAUUCUUCUAUUUUUAAUAACAGGCAUUAAACUUGUUACCUUCUGCAGUUUCUGGCAGCUUGUGUCGGUUAGUUUCAGCCGGAGAGUCGAAAUGCCGAGCCACCAGCUGCAGGUAGCGGUUGUGUGCUCGAGCAACCAGAACCGCAGUAUGGAAGCGCACAAUAUCCUCAGUAAACGUGGAAUUCAUGUACGCUCCUUUGGGACAGGGUCUCAUGUGAAGCUACCCGGUCCUUCCCCGGAUAAACCAAAUGUCUAUGACUUCAAAACAACAUAUGUACAGAUGUACAACGACUUGGUCCGUAAGGACAAGGAACUAUACACACAGAACGGCAUCCUGCACAUGCUUGACCGCAACAAACGCAUAAAAUCAAAGCCAGAGCGCUUCCAAAGCUGCAAGGAUAAGUUUGACCUGGUCAUCACCUGUGAAGAGAGAGUCUAUGACCAAGUACUGGAGGAUCUGAAUUCAAGAGAGCAGGAAACCCUGCAGCCUGUGCACGUCAUCAAUGUAGACAUCCAAGAUAACCAUGAGGAAGCCACACUGGGCGCCUUCCUGAUCUGUGAGCUGUGUCAAUGUAUCCAGCACACCGACGACAUGGAGAACGAAAUCGAUGAGCUCCUACAAGAGUUUGAGGAGAAGAGCAACAGGCCUUUUCUUCACACUGUCUGUUUCUACUGAUACACAAUAGACAUUUGCAGUAAACAGACCCAGAUCACAAGCAAUCAAACAAAAGUACAUCGACUGACACGCAAACCUUUCAUGAUCCAGUACAUAAACAUUGUUCACACAGAGCUAUGGGUCAGGACCUAACCGAUGGCUGGUGUCUGACAGAUCAGUGAUGGGUUGUUCCUCUAUGCAGAGGAUUAACUUGCUGCUCUCGCUCUGCCUUUAUUUCGCUGGAUCAAGGUCAGGCCACGGUCCUCUCUCCAUCCCAGUCCAGUGAAAUCACUCAACCAAGUCUCCUCAGGGAGAGCCGUGACACCCACGCCCCUAAUUCAACAGCUCUUUUACAAGAUGUUUUUUUUUUUUUUUUUUUUUUUUUUUUUUUGUAAGUAAAGCGUAUAAAUGCUGACUUUUUUCCUUCAGGUGAUAUAAAUUUGUAAUUAGCUUGGGAAUAUAUGUCAGAUUUAUAUUCCUGUCCUGGAACAGUGUAAAUGUGUUUAUUUGGUUUGACAGAAGAGAUUUAAUUAGACUGAAUGAUUUUUUUUUUUUUUGUGAGACCAUGUUAUGUAGAGUAGUUAAAUUAAGUUCAAGUGGGUGGGCUUACAAUGAAUAACCAAACCAAGACCUCUUUGAGGCUCUCCAAUAUGUUUUCAAAAUAAUGUGCUGAUUCAUAUUUAAACUUGGAUAUAGUAUUUUUCAGGGCAUAAUAUUUUGUUUUCUUUUGUAAAUGUUUAAAGAAAUGAAGCAUUGUAAUUAUUUGCAAACUGCAAGCUCAGCUCAGAGUGCCUGAUAUUUCUGUAUGUACAUAUGAAUUCAGUAAAAAGGAAAAAAAGAGAAUGAUUUCUCUUUAUUUGCUUUAACCUCCA